UACAGGAAGCUGGAUUGCUAACCAGCUAGCUGUCAACAAAGGGCAAAACUGCACGAAAUCCAUGUGGAAGUCGGCGGUAUUACCGAGUCUGAACCCCUUCCUCUAAAGUGCGUUUCACUCCGCCGCCAGCUGAUUGUUGAACAUGGCGACAACUGCUCAGCUGUUCGAGGAGCCCUUUGAUGCAGAUGAGUACAUUGAAAGGUUGGCAUGGAGGACACCCGGAGGAGGCUCCAAAGGAGGAGCUGAGGCAUUUGACCCCAAACGGUGCAGUAGGCUCUUGUCAUUUCACAUUUACUGUACACAUCUUCUUUCCUUUCUGAACAUGAGGCAGUAACUCAGUAGAAUAUCACACUCCAGGUUUUAACUUUGAUUUUGGGGACAAUAUCGUUGCCAAUGUGUCACCGGGUUCCUAAAUAUAUCUAGUUGCUGUCUCAUUCAUUUAAAAACAACGCACCAGUGUAGCCCUAUUGGGAGUAUGUUUCCACUAUUACAAAUAAUACAGCUUCAGAAAUAAAGAAACUCCACUCUGCUGACAUGUACCACAGCUGAUCAUCUCUAUAUGAUCAUAGAUGCACUCUCUUGGUAUGACUUAAUACUGUCCUCCUGGCCAAUUCUGUGAUGUAAUUUAUGCCUCAUCCUUUCAUAUUUUCACUUUAAGAUAUUUUUCCUCUGUCAGGUCAAGUCUUAAAUAAUCUGUCUGGCAAUACACCAGACAAUACCUCUAUUUUCUCUGUUUUAAUCUCCAUUCACAUUAUAUUAUGCUUGUUCUCAUUUCUAAGGGGUUAAGAGCAAACUGUUGGUUUCAGAUUUCCAAAAGUAAUACUUGAAUAUAAUUAGAUGUGUUUUUAAGUUGAAAGUAUUUUAAUAUAAAUUAGGAUUUCUUUAUUUACAGCUGUCAGUAUCAACUUUAAGUACUCAGAGUGAAACAGAGUUAGUCCUCCUGCACUUACUAAACCUCAUCUUGGUGUCUUCUAUGCUAAUGUAGUGCUUUUUUGAUGGUUGGUUCAGAGAAAAACGGGACACAUCUAUACUUAAGAUUUUUGUCCAUGGCAUUUUCACUGCUUGUUGUUAUGUUUACACUCGGGGACCAAGUUCUUUCUCGUAAGCAAAAAUGCCAUAACAGUUUAACUGUACUGUGGAUCCAUCCUGCCUUAUCUACUUCCUCCACAAAACUGUUGCCACCACCUCCUUGGAAGCUCUUAGCGAGGAGUCAGAGACAACAUAUCUGUGGAGGCCACCAUACUGCUGUUGGAAGAAUUUGAGAACCACAUAGAAGAGCUGAAGCAAUUGGAUGAGAAGAUCCAGCGGCGGGUGGAGAAGCUUGAGCAUCAGUGUCAUCGUGAGGCCAAGGAAUUUGCCCACAAAGUACAAGACUUGCAGAGAAGCAACCAGGUGGCCUUUCAGCAUUUCCAGGAGCUCGAUGAGCACAUCAGCUAUGUGGCAACCAAGGUUUGUCACCUUGGCGACCAACUGGAGGGGGUGAACACGCCUCGGCAGAGGGCCGUGGAAGCUCAGCGUCUAAUGACUUACUUCAAUGAGUUCUUGGAUGGAGACCUACGCAGUGAUGUCUUCAACAACCCAGAGAAGAUUAAGGAGGCUGCUGAUAUAAUUCAGAAGCUGCAUCUCAUUGCCCAGGAGCUGCCAUUCGACAGAUUUGCAGAUGUCAAGGCAAAAAUUGCAAGUAAGUACCAUGACCUGGAGCGGCAGUUAAUCCAGGAGUUCACUGCUGCCCAGCGCAGGGGUGAGAUUGGACGUAUGCGGGAGGUGGCAGCGGUUCUAUUACAUUUCAAGGGCUAUGCACACUGUGUGGACGUCUACAUCAAGCAGUGUCAGGAAGGGGCCUACCUGAGAAAUGAUGUGUUUGAGGACACUGCCGUCCUCUGCCAGAGGGUCAACAAGCAGGUGGGGGAGGUCUUCAGCAGCCCAGAGACUGUUAUGGCCAAACUCAUCCAGAACAUCUUUGAAAACAAAUUACAGGCCCACGUUAAGGAAAAACUUGACGAGACUCGACACUCUGAUGUAGAACAGUACCUCAAGAACCUCUAUGACCUUUACACCAGGACCACAGCAUUGGCCACCAAGCUGACAGAGUUCAACCUGGGCUCAGACAAGCACACGUUCCUGUCCAAGCUGAUAAAGAGCAUCUUCUCCUCAUACCUGGAAAGCUACAUUGACAUGGAGAGGGAAUAUAUUCGUACUCGAGGUGCCAUGAUUCUGCAGCGCUACUAUGACUCCAAGAAUCACCAGAAACGCCCAGUUGGCACUGGCAGUAUCCAAGAACUGAAGGAGCGGAUCAGACAGCGCACCAACCUCUCCCUUGGCCCCAUCAUUGACACCCAUGGGGAGACCUUUCUGUCCCCAGAGCUAGUGGUGAACUUGCUGCAGGAGACCCGUCAUGCCUUUGAGAGAUGCCACAGGCUUUCAGAUCCUUCGGACCUGCCCAAGAACGCGUUCUCCAUCUUCUUGCUGCUGGUUGAACAUCUCUGUGUGGAACACAUCGACUACGCCCUAGAGAUUGGCCUCUCAGCAAUUCCCUCAUCAGAUGCCAAGAAUGCCAACCUGUACUUCCUGGAUGUAGUUCAACAGGCAAACUCUAUCUUCCACUUGUUUGACAAGCAGUUUAAUGACCAGCUCAUGCCUCUAAUAAGCUCAUCUCCAAAGUUGGCCGAGUGUCUGCACAAGAAGAAAGAGGUGAUUGAACAGAUGGAAGUGAAACUGGACACAGGAAUCGACAGAACAAUAAACUGCAUGGUGGGGCAAAUGAAGCACAUCUUAGCAACCGAGCAGAAGAAGACUGAUUUCAGGCCUGAGGACGAGAACAACGUCAUGAUCCAGUACACCACAGCCUGCUCCAAAGUAUGUGCCUACGUCAGUCGGCAGGUGGAGCACGUGCGGAAGUCCAUGGAUGGGAAAAAUGUGGACACAGUGCUGACGGAGUUGGGCGUUCGUUUCCAUCGGCUCAUCCAUGAGCACCUACAGCAGUACAGCUAUAGCUCAAUGGGAGGCAUGCUGGCCAUCUGCGACGUGGCUGAAUACCGACGGUGCGCCAAGGACUUCAGGGUCCCUCUGGUUCUGCAGCUCUUCGACACACUCCACGCCCUCUGUAACCUCCUGGUCGUUGCCCCUGACAACCUAAAGCAGGUCUGCUCAGGCGAGCAGCUCACCAAUCUGGAGCGAAACCUCCUGCACGCCUUCGUCCAGCUCAGAGUGGACUACCGUUCAGCCAGACUGGGCCGACACUUUAGUUAAUGACUGAUUCAACACCUCGACGCCCACUGUCCAGUAACCCAUGCGUUGAUGAGAUGAUGCACCUUGGAGAUAUCCAUCCCUGCUUCAGAGAGUGCUUCGGCCUGGCCCCAGUGUACAGACUUUACUGGGAUUGCUUUGUGCCACUGCUCCCUGAAUGUGGGAAACGUGCAUUUUACCUUUAUUUUAUUUUUUUUUCAUUGUUUAUUUCUCUGAGCUAAAGAAAUUUAAAUGUCUAUUGACUUAUGAUUUCAUUUGUUUUUAAAUACUAAUCCACCUCCAAACCACGUCACUAAAAUGUCUGAUAUAAGUAAAUGGACAACAUGGAUUUCUGUGCUUAUGUGAAUAAGAAACUUUUUUUUGAUUGUGCCAAAUAUAUAAGUCCUGCGGCUGCACUUGUGCAUGGGAAUAGACCCAGAGCUGCUAUAAAGGGAGACGUCUACAAUCACGCUGUAAAGUCAGACAUCAGGCCUGCAGUAGCACUGUGUGUUUGGAACAGCUACCCUUUGUAAUGAACUGUAGGGGAGCCGUCAGAGGCAGCCCCAACCAAGCAUGAGAUAGAGCUCUGUCUGGCAAAGAGAGACACAUGACCACCUCUCUAACCUUUACCCUCCGAUCACAAAGUAGAGGUCGAGAGGCCUUUGUAGAGAAGUGUGAUCUGAACUAUAAACAGGUCUGAGAACCUCUCUGGAGGUUUGGGUGGUCCCUUGUGCACAGAUGACUGGUGUGAUGGGUCAUUGAGUAUGUGUCACUGUAAUUGCACAGAUCAACACUUGCUUAUCCAGCAGUGCACACAGUCCGAAGACAUUAUUGGCUGGAUAUGCAGUGUUUCUGGGUCAGGAGACAUUGAAUUGUUGACCUCCACUGAUUAAGGAAACAAACUAAAGGGGACUUCUUCACACAGGGCUUAUGUGAGGUUCUCAGUCACCGUUUUCUGCACUAAAAACAAAAGAAGGCAGAUAAUUUCCCUGAUGCCUGAAACCGUCUCCUACGCAGAGCUGCUCCCACUGUACUGCUGUUUACCUUUAUUAGUGACUCAUUAAAAAGAUGUUGCAUUUUA